UCUGGAGCUGGAAGGAGCCAACCAUGGAUUUCAGGCGUGUGAAGGAAUAUUUCUCCUGGAUCUACUAUCAGUACCAAAUCAUUAGUUGCUGUGCUGUCUUGGAACCCUGGGAGCAAUCUAUGUUCAAUACUAUCUUACUAACCAUUUUUGCUAUGGUGGUAUACACUGCCUAUGUCUUUAUUCCAAUCCACAUUCGCCUGGCUUGGGAAUUCUUUUCAAAAAUAUGUGGAUUAGACAGUACAAUUUCUAAUUGA